AGGUGCCUUAUCCCUGUCCCGACAUCCGUACCUCUGGUUCAAUUGGCUAAGUAUCGAUCGGUCCAACUAAAUUAUGUCUACCUGACUGGUCGUGACCUGCCGUUGCAUGCGCUUGAUGCCCGGAGCAUGUUAGCUGGUCUUACGUGCGGUUGCCUACCACUAUCCAAUGUGAACUCGCCUGCUUUCUCUCUCUGCCUUUCAUCUUCUCCCUCAUUCUAAUACAGGCCAGCGCAGGUCGCUUUUCGCAUGCUGAUUUCUUGGUCAUGCACGCGAUCGCUGUGCUGUUCGUGUUGCUGGCCUUCCCCACGCAGGCCGUGUUUUGUUUCUUCAAGAAUGUCAAUUUCUCGACUCCCGAACAAUGUGGUCCGUUUGAGGUCAAUUUUUCUAAACCGACGGAGCCACCAGCACUUCCCCUCUCGCUCACCAUCGUGCCGAUCUCCUCAUACCCGAUAUCCGUGGUGCUGCCGUCGGACAGUUGGGACAACAACAGUGAUGCAGGAUCCGCGCGUAUCACGUUCUUGCCUCUGGAGUCGGGGACAAAGUUCGUUGCAUCAUUAGACGACGCGACGGGAAAUAGUGUGGGCUUUAUCUCGGACAUCAUUGCUGUAGCGAAUUCCAGUGUUACGACGUGCCUACCACCGAAGCAGGGCAGGUCGAACUUUUACGGGGUGCACGGUAGCUUGAGUCAGUGCUCUCGAUUCAACGUGACAUUCAAUCCGUCCAUGAUAAGCCAUUUUCCGACUAUCCGUGCAUUUCUGCCCCGGUAUUUCUCGUUUCCUGUCAAUGCGACCAGUACACCUGUCAAUACUUUUACCCCUGACUUCCGAGGCGAUCAUGGAAAUGGAAAACGGGACGGCGACGAUAGCAGCGAUGAUCACGAUAACAAGAGCAACAGUACUAAUAACAGUGGUGGUGGUGCUAGCGGCAACAGCGGCAACAACGGAAAGGAUGAUAGCGACAACAAACCCCACAAUAUAAGUAGUAAAGAAUAUGUCUUGGAUGUAAUGCACGGCUUCCAGGCAGUUCUAUCCUUUGACGACGGGGAGGGACACCGGGAAACGUCUGGGCUAUUUACCGCAGGAGGUACCUCGGGUAGCUCGUCUAAUUGCUUCAAGGAAACGUUUAGCUCUCCUUCUCGUUCCGCGGAGUCUGGUUCGCCACAACGCUCCUCUAAUGAUGAACACUUGUCGAAGCAAGGAAAGAUUAUCGUCAGCGUGCUCGGGGUUAGCGUGGCGAUCUCGAUAGCCAUCAUUAUCUAUAUUCUUGUGCGAAAACGACGACGCGUCAAGCGGGACUUGGAGAAAACCUCUUUUGUUUUCACAGAGGACGUUGAUAUGGGCAGUUCGUUCAUGUCUUCUCUUGCCACUCGUAUCCGAACGAGGAUAUCUCAAAUGACAUCUGGAAAGCGGAGUUUCCGCAGCUAUCGAAGUUAUCGUGACGAAAGGGAUGGAGCCUCCACUUGGAUCCCAACCUCUCCGAUUGGUAGUGUUGCACCUCUAAGCCCAAAACAUACUUCUUUAAUGCAAACGGAGAAGACACUUUCUUGGAUAGCAUUUGAUAAGGACGCUCAAGGUUAUCCAGACGAUGGAAUGCGAACGCUUGCUCGUAACAGUCGAGAUCCGGAGAAUAGUGAAAGCAAUGCUUUGUAUACUCUCCCAAACGUCGAGAUCACAUCUCCUAUGCCCCUUUUCCCGACUCCAGCACGAUUAAGGUGGUCAAAACCGGAUGUUCCAAAGCCUGCUGUCUCUCGCUCUUCAGAAAGUUCCCGCUUUCUUCUUGGCUCAGGAUAUUUAUCCAACCGGUCAUCCGGACCCGCGCCAAUACUGCGGAAUGGUGGAUCUCGAGUGUCGAAGGAGCUACCUAAGCAGCCUGAUGCCUCGUCAGCCUCCGCCGUGCGCUCGUCAGAGAGUUCCCGAUUCGUCCUAGGAUCAGGAUACCUUUCUUCCAGCUCGUCUGGGCCACCUCGCAUGACUCAGACCGGCAAAACCGUUAGACCGAACAAGCGACAGUCCGCGCCACCGCGACAUUCCAAUAUCAACGAAGGACGUAGCUCUGGUGCAGUACUAUCAACUGACUUCUCUUCUUCAGGGUACAUGCCUUCUAGGUCAUCUAGCGCAACUCCAGAGCCAGAGAGCAACGGUAUAUACAUCUCUUCUCCAAUACAACCGACGUCCGAUCUGCCUCUUGAUGUACCUUCUCAGCAGCGGAUGGAGUCGGGUGCAGAAGCAGGGAAGAUGGAAUCUACGCCAGCGACAAUGGUGCAUGAUCCUGACAGACCUCUUUCACGAUAUUUCUCGCUUCGUCGCGAAGGCUCGCAGAAUCGCGGACGGAUCCUCCCCUUUCCAACUGUAUCACUGAGAGCAUCGCGUACUUCUUCUCAGCAGUAAAUGCCUACAUGCCUCAUGUAUCACCAUCACUUGACUAUUUUCUCGUUCCUCGUUUCGCUUCCUAUAAAUCUGUCUCUCAUUAUUGGACGUCUCUCUUGAAUUCGAUUUCGGUUUUGCGGUGGAUCUGUCUGUGUGAAGCGGCGGGGUAUAAAGUAAAGCUUAGUUAAAUGUAGCUUUGGCGUCUUUCGUUCCUCUGUGGGACUUUUCGGUUUUGUCGUCGUUGUGUUGCGUCAUGUAUACUUAGUUUCGUUGGUUUUCCUAUUCUUCCCCGCCUCCCUCCGCCGGCUUCUGUAUAUAUGCGUUGCUGAUGUAUUUUGACUUGGUGGUGGGAGCCAUGGCUGCCGUUGCAUAUCCGCCAUAUGAGAGCGUUUUUACCUCGUUUGCUCUUUUUCCUAAAUUUGGACUAUAUGUAUAA